ACUACUGGUGCUCCUCUCCUCUGCUGACUCCCCCCCUCCUCCCCUCCCCUCCUUCUCCCCUCCUCCUCUUCCUCCCAUCCUAGAGGACGGAGCGAUGCGGAGACAAUAGGACGCAGAGCCGGAGGAGGCUGCAGGAUGCUCGGCUUCACAUCCACCGUCUCUCGGCUGCUCGGAGACUGCUCUCGGCUCAUGGACUCCCGGUGCUCCUCGCGGCUCUCCUGGCCUUAGUAUGCGCUCAGACCCCGCUGUGUGUUCAGCUGCAGCCCGGGCUCACAGGGCGGAAUCCACGGCCCCCCUAUGGGAACCCACUGACGGGUGAGUAGCGGAAAAAAAAAACCCGGCUUCAUGUAUCCUCACCUGCACCCUGACUCACCCUCACCGGACUCACCCAUUCACACAACAGCAGGAGCAUGAAUAACAGAAGAAAUGAGUCUGAUCAUAGUGUUCAGGUUUAUUCACAAGGGCCGCUCUGUGCACACUGAAAACACUGUGUGUGUGUGUGUGUGUGUGUGUAAUUGUGUGUGUGUGUAAUUGUGUUAUUUCAUUCAUUUAAAAAAUCUCCCAAUACACUUCAUUAACAUUGUAAACUGUUAAUAGUAUUUCAAUAUCAUUGUGUUUUGUGUUAUUGAUCAACACCCUCUUGUACCAUGCAUCUGCAGCGGCUCUAUGUGUGUGUGUGUGUGUGUGUGUGUGUGUGUGUGUGUGUGUGUGUGUGUGUGUGUGUGUGUGUGUUGCACUCUGUGACAGUGAUCCUCCUGAGUGUGGGUGCAGUCUGAGGACACACUGCAGGUGGAUACAACAUGACGUAGCCUCACAGGAGGACAGGGGGGUAUGGACACAUGCAUGUGUAGGUCCUCCUGAUGUGUUCAGGUCCCAGUGAGUUUGAGUGCUGCAUUAUUUCUUCUCUGCAUAUAAGGACAGAGAUGACUCUCGAAUCUAAUUUUGCAGAGGUCAUGUGACACUUAUUAAUCUGCUGCUGUUUAUGUUCUGAGCUGCUGUGGGAGGUUUCUGAUCAAAGUGAGUUUAAGCUCCUUGAUGGCAUGUUAAGGCAGACACAUCACAUCACACACACGCAAACACACUCACAGGCAAGUCCACACUUCAGCAUGAUGAGUCACAAUGUGGGUCACAGAGACGCUCUGGUGGGUCUCUGCUUGCAGUGGUGGUAACUUCAGCCCAGCUCACUGCUUCAGAGUGCAGAUUAACUGGGAAAAUAUAUGUGAUUGGAGAUCAACACUUAUGUAAAUAUGAUGUAAACAUGUUAUGAUAAAUACGCAUUCGUAGAAACAAAGGUGUUUGAAUUAAACGCUGCCUCAUUGUUUUAAGUCCUCUGUUUUAGCAGCCAUUUUCCUCUGACAUCCCAUUCAGAGAGUAAAGUUCUAAUCGACUGCAUACAAAGAUGGAUGAUGUGUCUACUCCUCUCCCUGUUGUACAAAAAAGAAGUCAAAACCGAUUUGGCUACAGGCCCUGACAUGCUGAUAUUAACCCGGGAUUUCCACGGUACCCGGAACAGCUCUACCGGAUCCGUUUGUGAGGUGAAUUUCGUGGCGGAUUACAGACAGCAGAAAUCGUGAUAACUCAGGAGAACCCGCGGAUUCACAUGCAAUCUCGCGAUAACAAGUUGACUUUAGCCAUAGAGGAUAACCUUGAAAGCAGUAGAUCGUGUCCUUCUAGAGGAGGAAAUCUACUUCUAGACUUAUAAAAUCAGCAUCCCCUCAUCCAUGGUGUCAUCGGGGUGAAAUGCUGUCUAUAAACCUUUCACUUGUUCGUCCCCGCCUGUUUGCAUGGUGUGAAAUACGAUCCGCCUGAAACACAGUGUUUUAUUUUGAAAAGAAGCUGGAUGUUUUAUCUUGUGUAUUUGCCCGACUUCCUUUCCAGCACAGGUUAAUCUGUGCUGAAUUUAUCCGUCCGAAAAAAAUAGAACCCUGGCGAUCAGCUGCGGAGUCCAGCGAUCGGCAGCGGAACAGAAAGAAGCCGGUUGAAAUUGACACAUUGACUUAAAUGAUUACGAUCAGCAGAUACAGCGUUUUCGUAGCCGUUCAGGAUGUGGUGGAAAUUGGGGGUAACAGUCAGCCUACGCAGAAGAGAUCAGCUGUAAAAUCAUGGUAGCGACAUCCUGCAUCUUCCUCUAAACCAAAUCCAUAUAGAAGUUGUCGAUGAAGUGUCAAAGCUCAGUCAGGUGGGUUUAGUCCACAGGAGAACAGGGUCUUGAAUGUAUCUGAAGCAGACGUAGAAGAAAUAGUGACAAUGCAGAGGUGUUAAAGACUGCAAAAGCACCAGAAACCACAUACACACUGAGCAGAAAAAGCCUGUUCUGGCAGCAAAAAUAAUCAUGUUUACAGUCUGGUCUGAAAAGCUCAGGGCUCCCACAGCAGACACUGAACAGGGAGUGAAGGCUCAGGCAUCAGAGGGUAAAGGCUCGUCUCUGGGAGGUAGAUUGAAAGUUAGGUUGAGUCCACAUAACCAAUAUGGUUCGCGACACCACUCAGCUUCAAGACUCUGUUUUAGAAACAAAAAGAGGACAGGACGGGCUGAAACUGCUGCUUCCAGGACCUGGACCCAGACAGCCAGAAGAUAAUAGAUGGACUGAAUGGAGCAAAGAGUGACAAGAGAUGGUCUAGCUUGUUGGCUGCAAAAGGUGAUCUUCUAUGAAAUCUCUGAAUAAACACUGAUGUUAACUGAAGUGUAGACCAGCUCAGGUGUUAAUAGAGGGAUAUUCCAUGGGUAUUGUAAUUCCUGAUAUAGUGGUUUUUGUGAACAGUGUCAGUCCAACACGAAAACAUCAACAUCUGUUACCCCGUUGUGCCCAGACAGGUUGUGUGUGGAUUACCGAACCAUCAUCUGUAACAUCCCAGGGUCACCUAUGAGUCAGGUUUGAUCACCUGCAGAUGACCACAGAUGGCUGAGAAACACCGCAAAUAAAUACAUUACAUCAUAACAGAAGGGCCUUACAGAACAACCCAACGUUAAUAUGACAUAGUGUCAGUAUAUCUUCAGUGGUUGCUAAGGGAACUCUCAAAGUGAUCAAAUUUCUAAAAUGAGCUCUGGCUGUAUCAGCUGUAGCAAAAAGAAACAGUAAAAAAUAAGAAAUGCAAUGAAAUAAUAUAUAAAAUAUCUAAUUCUGCAUAAAAACAAACUUUUGAACUGUUCUUUAAAGGGAUAUUCCGGCGUAAAAUUCAGUUAGGGUCAAACACACCGUAACACCAAGUUAGACACCCCGUCGAGAGAUGAAUGUUCACAAAAAAUGCUCAGAACAACACUUCCUCGAGCUGCGUCCCCCCUGCUGCAGUCGAUGGACUUGCCUGGAGGUCUCUGUACAAACAAGCGGCUGCUGGAGGAGAGUGGGUGAGUUGUGUUUAGUCUCUUUGCUCACGAAGUUAGGCAAAGCUAAAAAGAUGUUUGGUGGCUAGUCCUAUGGCUAGGACCCUACAUGUACUGUUGAUGAAGUUAGGUGUUGCUCUGAGCAUUAAUUGUGGCUAUAGAGUGGCUUUUUGGUUGAGCGCGUGGCUCUGUGUAUUGCUAUCGUGUGGUCGUUACUAAAGUUGGUACAACUAGAGAAGCAAGCGGUGGAAAACAUUCAUCUCUCUACGGGGUGUCUAACUCGGUUUUACGGUGUGUUUGACCCUAACUUAAUUUUAUAUUGGAAUGUCCCUUUAAGGAUAGUUAGAUACCUUUAAAUGUUGUAUUUCUGCACCUUGGUAUGACUAGUUUUUACUGUGACUGUCCUUAAAGCGGACAAAGUCAGGCCGAAUCUGUUGCUUUAAAAAUGUCAUGUUAACUAAACAUGUCAGUUUGAUAGAAAACCACUUGCUGGUUUGAGGACUUGUAUGAGGAGCUCUUCUGUGGGUCAAAGUUUUCACCCCCCUGACAUUUUGGGAAACACUUUUAUUGGUGUAGAAACUGGUGCAGUGCAGGUUUCAACCCUGAUUGGACUGUUAAUGAGAGUGAGGCGUUUAAGGCGGUAGGAUUUCUAAUUAGUGCCAGGUCAAAGGUCAGACACAGAGGGAGGAGGUUUGUUCCGACCUUUAGUCUGAGCUGUAAACGUGCCAGAGACGUGACACACUGUGGAUUUAUGUCAGUAGGUGCUGCUGCUUCUGCAGAGACGAGCGACACACUCUUUGUCUUUCCUAACACACACACACGCACGCACACACAUCAAACACACUCUUUCUGGCACUUUGCUUGCGAACAGUCGUCAUUGUGUUUCUCUCCCUCUGUUUCUCUCUCAUUAUUUUUCUCUCUGAUGAUCAAACACACAACAACACUUUGAUCCUGUGUGUGUGUGUGUGAGAGAGAGCGAGAGUGUGUGUGCAGCAGUUCGUCUCUUCAGAUCUCGCCGUGUUCUGUUAGAAAAUCACAGAGCCUGUGUGGGCAAACAUUUGAAUGUGCAGGAAACAGGAGUGUGUGUUUUUGGCUGCUUUAUCAGAAGAAGCUCAGAGUUGAGACAGAAAGAGGAUGAAGAUGGCGUGACUCUGCUGGUUAGAGGUCAGUAGUGCUGAAGCAGAAUGUGUAUGUGUGUGUGUGUAUCAGGGGGGUGUACGUGGCUGCGAUCAGCUCCUUGGCUCGAUGAAUAGCUGCUGGUUGCAUAAGCAGUCUGGGAUUAUUUCGGCUGCAGCCCCCGGUCCCUGCUCUGAUUCCACAGAGGGCUGGAGCUGGUGGCACAGAGUGUCAAGAGAGAAAGGAGGAAGAGGAGGGAGAAGAGGCUGGAUCGCGGUCAGUUGAAUAGGAGAUGACGUGCUUGAAGUGUGUUUCCAGGACGCUGCGUUCAAAAGGCUGUACAGGUGCCUGAGGAGGAGAGCAGGGAUGUUAUGUCACAAUGCAAACCUCUCUUCUCUUUACUUAUAUUUUUGCAGAGGCUAUUCAAUGUAAUGGUGGCAGGUAUGUCAGCAUGUCUGUAUGGAGGGAAGGAAAUGUUUCCCAGUGACAGGGUGCUUAUAGAUCAGUGAUUCCUACUUUUCUGCGCUUAAAGUAAACUGUGGUGUCCCUCUCAGUCUGUGUGUUUUCAUGCAGCUUCAGUAAUACCCUUGUUCAGUGAUGUAACUAGACUUCGAUUCUUGUCCCAGUAUCCAAGCACCAGGAAUCAUUUUACUCUCAAAAGUGUGUCUGCCUCCUUGGAGCAAGUGAUAACGGUAUUUUUCAGCAUUUUCCUGUGGUGGAAUUACAUCAGGGUGUCCGAAAAUAUGAGGGGACCAUGCAUGUUAACAAAAGUUCACCUACUACGACCCACAACAAAGGUUUUUCAACAACAGAGCAAUAAAGGACUUUUAUAGAAAUUGAAGGGUGUUCAUCAUCAAAUUUUCUGAGCUUUAGCAAAGCUAGGAUUUAGUAGGGAUUGUCAGGAGCUACUUUGCCACAGCCUGCUGCCUCUUGUUUUGGACUUCAGACAGCUGAGUCAUCAGUUCAAACCCACUUUCGAGCACGUAGACCUGUUUUAACAGAUGUCAAUCCAAACGUAGAUGCUGUACCCUAAUGCACCUUUCAUAGUAAACACUGACUCCUGUUUGAACAUGAGGAGGAGGAAAAGGUAACACUUAUGGACAUGUUCAAAAAACGGGUGCUUAUUUAAACCAGUUAGGAGAGUACUAGAGUGAGUAAGGUAGUGAAACCAGUCCACUGUCCCACUAUGGUUAAUGGCAAUGUGCCCCCUUUCAAUAAAUCCAUGACAGACCUUCCCCUUGGUGAUCUAUGACAUCACAUACCAAAACAAUUCAAGCCAACUGGAUUCAUUCAGCCAACUUUGCGGCUCUUUAUUUUUCCUGUCUGCUACAAUAGCUUUGUCUUGUAUACAUCUUUAUCUGUUGAAGUUUGUUUUUUUUUCUCAGCUUUAAUACGACAACUUUAUUUGUAGAUUUAUUAUAAAACUGUUAUACUACUAAACUGAAGGGGUGGGAGAAAAAAACGAUUCACAUAACUAUCACAAUUUUUUGUUUUACAAUUUUUAAAUCUUUUUUUUUGUUCAAAAAAAUUAUUUUUAAACGUAAGAAUAAAUCUUAAAAACUGACUUGCAAGUGAUGCUUAAUUUUGGGGGAAUGCAUUUCCUGUCAUAGUCAGUAGACAAUCAUAAUCAUUCAACUGUUUCAUCGGUGUUACAAAUGCAGACUAAAAAUCAAGAAAAUCGACAAUAUCGUAGAAUCGCAAUUUUAAAAAAAUCAUAGAAAUAUCGACAGGGAAGGAAAGCAUAUCAUCCCAGCCCUACUAAACUGCUUUCCUAUAUUGAUCUAAGGUCAUCUUGUUAGUUUUGUCCUUCAGAAAACAUUGACUCCUGGAAAGGUUAAAGGGGUGGUUUAAAUUGUAUUACCUGUCUAAAGAUUUAUAAGGUCUGUUCAGUGAUUUUACAGAGCUGUCCUCAGUGACAUGUAAAAACACAUGUCUCACCUGCAGUUUGGAUGACUUGCAGGGCAAAUGUUUUUCUAGGACCACAUGUACAUGUAAUCAAGGUUUUAACCCCUAUAGAGGAUUCUGUCCACUCGCCGGAUCAGCAGCUGUUUCUGUGAGAGAUGUGAGAUGUGUGUGAAAUGCAGCUGGUUGUGUUACAUCUAUUGUUAACAAUGAGUGUUACGUGACGCAGCAGACGCACAAAGAGCCGACAUUUACUCUGACCUGUGACUCACUCAGAGUCUGAAGCUGUUUCUAUAAUAAAACUGAUGCAGUUCUAUACGUGGUCUGUUCAUCCGGGCUGAAAUAGACUCUGGUUAAAGUUCAACACCACUGUAUGAGUUUUACCAAGAAAGAAAAACGUCUAUCACCAGUUUUGAGGAUUGCAGAUUAUUCUCCGAAGAUGAAAUAAUUUGUAUCUGUAUUACAGCUUGAAUGUUCAUCAUGGUGGAGAAUUUUGCAGCAAAGAAUAAAUGUUUUCAAUCAGCUAGUCAGCUCAUGGUGGCGGCAGCUCAGCUCAGCUUUUUAGAGAGGCUUUAAUAAGGUUUUUAUUCGCUGUCUGAACAAAAUGAUAUCAGGUUGAACUAAGCAGCUAAACUCAUGUGAUAUCACACUGCUGGAGGGACAAAAAAGGACUCAUUAUGUAACCCUAAAAGCUGAUCAAAUAAAGCACAAAAGAGAAACAGGCAUUAGUAUUAGGGAUAGUGUGCAAGAAACAAAUUUACGUCAAUGAAUUCUCACAUCUAAGUGUACUACAUUUACAAGUAUUAUUUUAUAUUAAAUAACUUGAACAUUUCCAAUUAAGUCUACCCUGAGAUGAAUAAAAUAACUAUAUAUAAAAAUAUAACCACUGUUUCUUUUAUCAUACUGAAACUGGAUUUGAAAAUGCUACACGAGUUAUUUUAUUAUUGGAGCAGGUCUUGCUUUCCUUCUUUGUGACUGAAACACCAGAUCUCACACCAACUAAUCAGUUUUCAAAUCCAUUCAAACUAAAAUGUCCAUUCUUUAACAAAAAUAGUUAAGGGUUAAAAGGAAAGUGUGUUUUGUUGACAGGUAGGGAUCCUGGUCCGCUCAGCUCCUUCUGUGGAAAACCAGAACAGAAAGUAUCAACAAAUUUAAAUGUCAGCAAACUCCAACCAAAGCACUAUUCUUGGUGUUCCCUUGAUUUGGACUUUUUUCAGUGCUUUCCUGUCAGAAAACCACUAUUACCAGAUGUAACACACAUGUGUUCUUCCAUCCUAUUAAAGAUUUUAUACAAAACAAGCACCUUAAAUCAGCUUUUAAUGACCAUGUACAGUUUCAUUCAAUUUUUAAACAUUUUAUUUGACAAUUUGGCAGAGAAAUCAGACAGUAGACAAGCAUUUGUUAUGGUCCCUUAGAGUGGAUGUGUGAUAUUGUACUACCUAACUUUCAAGCUAAAAAGCUAAAUAGAUAAGUAAAUAUACAGUAUAAAUCAAAAGCCAAAAAAAGUAAUGGCUUGUGUUGCAGAUUUUUAAAAAUCUGCUGCAAAAUCUGUGAAAUCCAGGAGAGCCAGCUCACUUCAGAGUGAAGGGAUUUUAAAAUAAAAAAUUUAUACACCUUUUAGUAAAAAUGUUGAGUCAGGUUUCCAGGAAUAUUUGAAGACGCUUCUCAGAGAACGGAGAUCAUCUCUCACCACAGACACAAAUAAAUGGGUGACUUUGUUUUCUACAGAUUUCUGCCUCCUCCUGUGUGUGAGUGUGUGUGUGUGUGUGUGUGUGUGUGUGUGUGUGUGUGUGUGUGUGUGUGUGUGUGUGUGUGUGUGUGUGUGUGUGUGUGUAUAUCCUUUUGGGGACCAAUUCUUGGUGGCCAACCUUCUUUGGGGACAUUCUUGCUUAUGUGUAUAUUCUGUCUCAAAAAUUAAAAUAAUUGAGCUUCAGAGUGACAUUCAACUCUUGCCCCCUCUGAUGACGCCUUCAUUUGUUGCAUCAUUUAAGGUACACCAGAAAUGUCCUCACAAAGAGCUUACAGAAAACUGUCCUCACAUAGUAUUAAAGACGUGUAUGUGUGUGUGUGUUAGUGUCGCAUGUGUUGAAAGCUUUUAUUUAAGGCAGGGAGAGAUAGAGUACAUCCUCUCCACCAUUUGUCACCUAAACUGACUCACCCUCCUCACCUGCUGGUGUCAUCUUCCUGUCCACUUCACACACACACUCAUAAAACACUCCCACAGAGAGCAGAGAGGCCUGUGGCGGGGAUGACAAGGUACCAAGGGAGUGUUUGCAUCUGUUGUUUGUCUUACAGCUGGUAACUUUAAAUAUAGUAAAGCAGAUUUAGCUCUUUUGAGGAUUCUUGUAGGAAAUUUGAUUUAUACUGUAAAAUAUGUAUUUAUUUGUGGUGCUGAUGAAGAAGUUUCUGUUUAUGGCCGUCGUCCAAAUGUUGCUGCUCUUCCUGUGAGCAUCGUCAGGAAGCAGAUUCUCAAGUGUGAGUGCUCAGGGAUGGAGAGAGGCUGCUUUCCAGCUCCUCGGGUUAUGUAAUAAGUGUGAGUGUGUGUUGGUGUGCAUGUGUGUUUACUGCCUAUAUUUCUUCCACGUGUUCCUAGAUCUAUAGCGCUGGUCAGGACUUGGCAGGUCUCGCUGCUCAGGAAGAAAAAAAUCACUAAGAAUAAUCACACUGCAGCAGGGAAAGGAUUUGCUCGGAAGGACUGUUAUUGGCUGUUUGUGUGUGUGUGUGUGUGACUCAGCUCACAGCCCUGGCAUCCCCCUCAGUGAGUAGCAUUUAGAAUUACUUGCGCCUUCACUGCAGAUAAUUAGCAUUUACAGAGACGAUCGCGCUGCAGAUCAGAGCAGACUGUGAUCUGCAACAUUAACGCCUGAAAGACCACACACACACAUACACAUACACACACGCACACUUUUCUGCGUAUAUAAAUGUCUUCCGUGUGUCAGUGCGUUCACAGAUUGCAUGUUUUAUCAGUAGCUCAUGUGUAACGACGGCGCUUUUGCCCUCUGUGUUUCCACUGCAGCAACCAGAGACCUGCUCCGGUUGUUGCUCUCGUUCCUUCAGUGUUAUUGAAGGAACUCAUUAUCUCCAAGUGUAGGCCUGUUAAUGAUAUUUUUCAGCUUUUAAUCUCUGUAGGAAUUUUCCCACUUUCACAUACGACUGUGCAAAAAUAAUGUUGAACUCUGCAUCCAUAAAGAACCAAGAAUUUAGAGCUGUUUGUUGGGCUAAGCUACUUGGCUCAUUUUAAAGUUCAGUGAUCAGGUUAGGAGGAGUAAUAAGUUUCAAAUGCAGUUUCACAACAGCUCUGUCUGUAGGAGAUAACGGUAUGAACUUGAAACUUAAUUUAGACCUGCUCUACCUGCUGUGACGACGUGCAGAGUCGCUUGUACGAGAACCCAGAGUGGCAAUCCUGUCGUCCAAAAGGGUCUUCUACUUUCAAGGUGUUAUCAUUGUUGUGCAAAUAAGCAAAGAAAAUUUGUUUUAGAUUAAUUAUGUCUUUAACAACUUUGUACACAUUUGGGAACCCAAAAGGAGACCAGUUUCUUGGUCUUAAAAGUCAGAUACUGUCCCAUUCUUGCCUGACAUAGGAUUUUAGCUGCUCAACAGGUCUUUGUGGUAGUUUUUAUGUCAUGAUCCUCCAAAUGUUGUUUAUGGGAGACAAGUCAAGACUGCAUCAGGCUAGUUUCUCAGCAGGACUCUUCCACUACAGAUCCAUGCUGUUGUAAUCCCUGUUGUUAGAAUGGGGUUUGUCAUUGUCUUGCUGAAAUAUGAAGGUCUUCACUGAAAAAGUCUUUGUCUGGAUGGUAGCAGAUGUUGCUUCUAAAUCUGUAUAUUGUUCAACAUUAAUGGUGCUUACCAGAUGGGUGAUCUAAUCAUGGCAUUGGCACAAAUGCAUCCCAAUAACAAAACAACCCUAUUACCCCAAAUUUCCACCACAUGCGGAACAGCUCUGAUCCAGAACGGCAGCGAUUCUCGCCCUCCGCCAAUUUCUACCGGAGCCGUUUGUGAGGCGGAUCUUGUGGCGUCCGCAUGCUCCAGCGUCCGGAAAAAAUGGAACUCUUGCAAUCAGCUGCGGAGUCCAGUGACCCACAGCGGAAUGGAAAGAAGCCGGUGGAAAUUGAUACAUUAACUUGAAUGGUUACCAUCAGCGGAUACUGCCUUUUCAUAGCCGUUCCGGAUGCGGUGGGAAUUGGGGGUUAGUUGGAUUUAAAUCAGCGUUUCUCAACUUUGAGUAUUUUGUUGUCCUUGUCCCAACAUUUCUUUCAUUUCUUUUUUAUGAUUUGCAAACAAUUCAAACCUUUCAAGCUUACGAGUGUGUCCCCUUUUUUUGUCCAGUCUCACUAGGUGUUAGCUGCUGCUCUCGCCCUACCUCAGCGCUUGCUCCCCAGUUUCUUCCUCUGGUCCGUACCCUGAAAUAGUACUCACAAUGAGUUCCUCUCCGCUGGUUUCUCGAGCCAACAUGGACAUCCUGGACGAGCUGCAGCUGAUUGCAGCCCAAAAUCUAGAGAGGCUGGAGGUUAACAAGUACUACGAGGUGAUCCGAGAGUUAGGCAAAGGCACCUACGGGAAGGUGGACCUCGUUAUACACAAGAUCCGAGGUGAGGUGAAGCACACACAGAAGCACAUCUGGUGAAAUUAAAGAAAGUUUAAAAAAGUUAAUGACGUUGUUUUACUUUUUCUGUGACGCUUAAGGUACAAAAAUGGCACUGAAGUUUCUGAAGAAGAAAACAACCAAGCUGAAGUCGUUCCUGCGGGAGUAUAGCAUCUCUCUCUACCUGUCACCCUGCCCGUUCAUCAUCAACAUGUUCGGCAUCGCCUUUGAAACAGACGAGUACUAUGUGUUUGCACAGGAAUACGCUCUAGCAGGAGACCUCUUCGACAUCAUUCCUCCACAGGUGAUCCUUCUGAUUUUAUACUCUGCAAUUACUACUUCAGAUCUUCACUUCAACUGGACAAGGACAUAAAUGGGUCUUUUAAUGAGCUUCUCUUAAAGCUUGAUUUGGUAUUCUUUGGGAUUCAUUUGUAUAAAUUGCUUCUUAUCAACUGGUGUUUCUGGUGUUUCUCCAUCUCUUCCUUCAGGUGGGUCUUCCUGAGGCUGUAGCAAAGCGCUGCGUGCACCAAGUAGCCAUCGCUCUGGACUACCUGCAUUGUAAGAAACUCGUCCACAGAGACAUCAAGCCUGAAAAUAUUCUCAUCUUUGACCGAGAGUGCCGAAAGGUCAAGCUGUCAGACUUUGGCAUGACCCGCCGAGCUGGCUCACCUGUCAAAAGAGUGAGUAAAGACUCUAAGUGUUUGCCUUUUAUUCUGUGAUGUGUCGACCCCGUGCUGACUUGUUUGGCUCUCUCCUCAGGUGAGCGGCACCAUCCCCUACACGGCCCCUGAACUCUGUGACGUGUCCCGCCACGAGGGUUUCUGUGUGGACUACAGCACUGAUGUUUGGGCCUUUGGUGUGCUCCUUUUCUGCAUGCUGACCGGAAACUUCCCCUGGGAGAAAGCUCUGCCAUCCGACUCCUUCUACCAGGAGUUCAUCCGCUGGCAGAGGAGGAGAACCAACACGGUGCCAUCCCAGUGGAGGCGCUUCACCGAGCAGGCGCUCCGCAUGUUCCGCCGGCUGCUCUCUGUGGAGCAGGACCGCCGCUGCUCCGUGAAAGAGGUGUUUGGAUACUUCAGCCACUCCUGGAUGCUGGACGCUGAGAACAACAACAACCAUGGCAACAGCAACAACCACACCAACACCAACAGCAACAGCAACGGUGGAGUUGGGGAGAGAGUUACUGGUGGAGGGGGUGGUGGAGGUGGAGGAGUUCGAGGCGAGGUGGACGGAACUAUCUCUUCAUCCUCAUCUGGGGAGGAAGACGAGGAGCUCCUUGUGGAGAGGAUGAAGCAGCAGACUUUGUCCCCUCUCUCUCCACUCUCUCCCCUCUCCCCCAUGUCACCAGUAGGGGUGGAGCGAGGGAGCGGAGGUGGGGCUAAAGGUGGGAUGAUGGAACCUGGUGGCAGUGGCCACCAUUUUGUGUCCGUUUCCACCAACAGCUCUGUGUCAUCCACCAACAGCUAUGAUCGAAUGCCAAGGGAGAACGGUUCACCAGGUGGUCGCAUGCUGGUGGCCACACCCAUUGAAAUCUGUGUCUGAGUGCAUCAGAACAUUAAAGUUAUCACAGACUCACCUGUACACACUUUUAUACCUCUCUUGAACCACAAAGAUGUGCAUGCACGAGAAGAAACAGACCGUGAGUAGUGUUGGAAAAAGGAAGAGCACACAUGGAAGACUUCUGACGGAUUAGGUAGAACACAUUCCUGAGGUCGGAUUCUGGUCCAAGAGGAGCCCCACUGACUCUUUGAUUACGAUGUUCAAUGUUUGUGAAACCCAGAGAUAAAAAAAAUUUCUUCCAUUCGAGAUUGUGUCACUAAAAUCAUCCUGAAAGAAGACCAAAAUGUUUUUCUUAAAGCAAUACUUCCAGCAAAAAAAUCAAACAGAGACACCGAAGUGUUGGCACGAUAGCGAACAUCUAUGAGCUCGACAGAGUGGACCGUCGUUUCUGAGAGAAGCUGAGAGACAGAGGAUUUGUAUUUUUGACUAAAAGACUAAAAAUGUUUGAGGACUAACCAUGUAAGAUAAAAACAGCUGAGUGGUGGUUUUCAGUGUUUCAUGUGUAACAAAGAUGUGACAGUAAAAGCGUGUUUGCUGUGGGUUUCUGUUUCUAAAGAUCCACAACAAGAAGAUUAUUUUGAUUUGAGAAUUUUCUUAUUUAUUUGAAUCUAGAAACACUAUUUUUUCUAUUGUUUUUGUUUGUUUGUUUUGUAAAGGGGUUUUAUUCGUCUUUGGUUCCACUUUGUAUAGUCUCUGUUUCAAUUCUUUGGUUGACUGUUGUACAUAUCAAAGGAAUACUGUGUCGAAGGUUUGUUCGUGGUUUUAGACUGAAUAUUUUACAUUUUUAUGUUCCUGAUGUCAGACUCGACCGAAAGUAAGCUAACAAUGUCUCUGUUCUACAUGUCAAACAUAUCUGCUUCACUGGUGAAAGACUUUUUCUACAAACUUCGAGAUUUUGUUCUUUUCCGAUUUUAGUUGAACUUGUGUUUGAAUCACUUCUGUUAACUUCAAAAAUUUGAGCAAAAACAAACAAAAAAAUGAUCUUGGCAUUUUCAAUUCAAUCUCAAGAAAAAAAAAAGAGUAUCUUAAAAUGUCACUUUUUUAAAACUGCAUGACAAGUAGCUGAAACGUACAAAAUAACUGAACCGGCUUCACGAAAAAAAUCACGAAAAAGGUUAAAAAAGAAAUGUAAAAUGUUGUGAUGUGGAUUUUUUUGCAGUAGCACAAUUUCUCGCAUUAUGUCCCAGAGUGAAUAUCGCCGUCAUGAUCUCCUGAGACAUCCUAGGGCUAAAAAUCUGAACAGUUCACCGUGUUCACAUGUCAGCCAUUUUCCUCUGACUUAAUAUUGCGUAGCAUUUUGCCUCUUCUCAGCUGACCAAUAGAAAUCUGGAGAGACGUAGCGUAUAUCUCUAGUUAAAAUCCCAGACUGUGUCGGACCUUCAGUUGAAAUAGCAAUUGAUCUCAUUAGCUUGUAAAAAAAUAGCGAAAAAUUUGGACAAAAGCUGCGAUAAGCACUCACUUACUGGUAGCUGAAGAGAUUAAUAGGAUGCUAAAGCUAGCUGUUCAAAGUUUGCAAGUCAAAUUUUUUUUUUCGAAUAAAUGACUAAGGAAAAAAAUAUGGCAGGACACCAUCUUUAAUAUUUUUAAACGCUGAUGAUUCCUUGGUAAAGAAACGUUAGCUGGAAAGUGGCUAAAUGUUCGCUGUUGUCUCAAUGUAGUUAGCUUUUAUUAAUGCUCUAUGAUAAGAUAUAAAACUAUAGUUAUAAAAUCACUGCCUCUUAACUAAUAAACAAUAGAAAGACAGUGACUCAUGAUAUAUUAAAGGACACUUGGUGAUUCCCAAAGUUGAAUAAAUAUGACAUAAAUAAUUGGCUUCUCUUAGUUUAUUGGGUUGUUCCGCUUUGUUUUGACCUGCUGUUUUUAACUUAUAAGUUCUAAAAAUGUCUCACCUUGAAAUAUUUUAUAAAACACUGUGUUAGCUGCUGAUCAAUUCAGAAGCAGUGCAAUCAUAAAAACCUGUCAGAUAUUUUACUCUCAGCCUGAGACCAGAGGAAAAUAGCUGCUGUGUGAACUCGGUGAAUAAUUAGUUUCUACUCAGUGUAUUGUAUUUGUAUUGCUAUUAGCGUUAUGUACAUUUUGCCACAUUCAGGAACAGAAAAAAGCAAAGCAUGAGGACAGUGAAUGAGAAGUAGGGAAUUCAAUUAUAUUUUAGGAGAGGUUUUUUGCUUCUAAACUGCCACUUUUAGUGAAGUAUCGUGGCUUAAAUGUUUUUUUAAAAUUAACCGCAGAAGUAAUCUGUUCCUUUUUUGACUCAUUCUGAAUAUUUCCUGAAUAAUUUGAAGAAAAAAAAGCAUCAGAUCAUGCACAGGAAUGAGCGUUUAGUGACAUAAAUCUGCAUGAACUCGUGUGUGCUGAAGCUCUGUUGUGUAAAAACCUGUUUCUCCUGUCACAAGCUGUAGUUCUCUGUAGAUGUCGUGUAGCUGCGCACAACAUGUUUCUUUAUCCUGUGAGAGUCACACACACGCCUGACUGAGGAUCAGCUAAACCCUGCUCAGCUACUGCAGACACCGUGUGGAUCAUGCUCCAACAGCUGCUUCUGGAUCAGCCAGUGAGGAUGAUAAUGACCACAUCUUGUGACCAUCCCUGACCUCAUCAUCAGCUCCUGACUCACAACAAAGGACUCAUACACACUCUGCCAAUGUGCUGUUCCCUGUCCACCAGCUGCAAGCCAGUAUUUACUGUGUGUGUGUGUGUGUGUGUGUACUGGGGGGGUGCUUUCACAUGAUGUGUGACGAGGAGAAAACACAGCCCGUUCAUGACCUCAUCAGGCAAACCACCUGUCUAUAUAUGAAUCUAAUCCCUUAUAUUGUUUGCAGUGUGAAAUCUGUGGAUGUAAGGGUGCUGAGGUUAAAGAACAGCCGAUGACGGAGAUAGUUGGAUUAAAAAAUUCACCCCUUCAUGUAAUCAGUGACCAGCGAAGAUAGGAGGGCACAUGGUUGGCGAAUUGGUGCCCUACAGUCAGAUUAAAGGCAUGGUUGAUGCGAUGUUGUCGGUUGAAAAAACUGAGCUGUUGAGGCAGUUUGAAAAAAGCAUCCCACCCUCCACACAAACAAACCUCCCCUCUGAACCUGUAUCGCCCUUCCCACAACACAACCCUUCUGGCAGAACCAGAAGCCGGCCGGCAGAAGAUCCUACGCUAGCUUCAAAUAGGAUUCACCAUGUCGGAUUGCUAGCGACUAGUGGCAGUAAACGCCAGUUCUGCUAGCGAGCACCGUCUGCAGCUAGCUGGACAGCUACCGUGUUGACAUUGCAGAGACUAAUAAGAGUUAUUUAACAUGUGUCAUCAUAAAAGGCAAAUUACCUUUUCAACAAAAACUGCUGUCUCAACGUCUGUUUUCAGGACCAAUCCUGGCAAAGCUUUCUCCACCACUCGAAGGAUGACCCGAUGUUUAUUCGAGUUAGAUUCCUCGCUUGGUCACAUUUCCUCUCCAUCUCUGGCCUUUCUUCUGUCGGUUUUCGUUUUCUUAGCACUUUUGGUGGUGGGGCAAGUAGAUGUGUUUUUUUUUCUUUUUUGCAUUCUUCUCCAUCACAGCUCCUGUAGCUACGCUGCUAUGCUACUUUUAGCUGCUCAGAGCUCCGAGGAGGGUCUGGAGAGUGGGAGGGGACGAGUCGACACUACAGGAGAGGGAUGUGUCGAAUACAGCGAGGUGAUUGGAUGGAGAGGCGGGGCAGGAGAUUGACCAAUAGGAACUGUCUAGGACAGAUGGCUCCCAUUGGUCAAUGUUUUUGCUGUCCUGCACCUGCUAGGGUGAACAGAUUUUUUCCAUUCUUCUUUCUCUUCACUUUGUGGAGAUCGCACUAUAGGACCAUGAUCACCAUAUAAACGAGGUUCAUAAUAAUUACCAAUCUCUCCAAUUGUCAACCAUGGCUUUAAACUUAUAAUGCAGUUUGAUGCCAAAUUUUACCCAAAGGUGCAAAACUUGCAUGAAAAAGUUGUGUUCAAAUUCACUAUUUUAUGCACUGCUCUCACACCAGAUCUUGUUUGAAUUCAAAGUGGAAGUCAGCUCUUAGUUUACAUAAAUUUACGAGAAGAUGACUCAAAUAAAACCAGACCCCAAACACAAGCCCAUCCCCCCACCCAUCACACACAAACACACACACUCACUUGUUGCGAAUGAGCUCUGUCGUGUGGUGUUGUCCUGCAGCUCCGUGUCUCUCUGUCCCUCUCACGUCUCACAGCCUUGUUCAUGACCUCUGUGGAGUUUUGGUGAGUAGAUGAUCACAGCACUAGAACUCGUACCCGGUUCUGUCUUUGCAAUACAACUGUCUUCCUGUAAACUCAGAUAAGUCAAUAAAUCGAGAACUCUUGUUGAAAUGAGUGUGGGCA